UUUGAAUGGUAGCGGUGGUGUUAUGCUUUGCUUGUUGUUUCAAAUUAAAUAUCUUGGGUUGUGCUGGUAGGCGUUUUCUAACUUUUCUAAAACCACGUUUGACGAUUUUAAUAUUGUUCUUUUACAGAACAUUUUUUUAAAAGAAUGUCUUUGGCUCUUCGCGCUGCGGCCGCCAAUGCCGAAAAUGCUGCUCCGAUGGGCAAGGCAGCGAUGUUGGGAGGAAGGAGGCCGGCCUUGGGGGAGCUUUCCAACAUUUCCAAAGUGUCGCUAGUCAAGAAGACUGCUACCACCUGGAAAGCUGCCGGCCUGAAAGCUACCAAAGGCCCUUCCCAGCCGCAGGGCAAGGCACAGCCCAGAUGCGUCCCCGCUCCGGCCCUGGUCAGUGCGCCUGCUCCGGCGGCGCCACUUUGCGCAGAUGUGUCCAUGAAGGAGGAGGAGGACCUGUGCCAGGCCUUCUCAGAUGCGCUUCUGGCUGUAGAAGAUAUCGAUGAAGGAGACGCUGACAUGCCUCAGCUGUGUUCCGAAUACGUGAAGGACAUCUACGUGUAUCUCCGGGGGCUUGAGGCCCAGCAGUCCAUCCGUCCGAAAUACAUGCAGGGCUAUGAGAUUAAUGAGCGCAUGCGUGCUCUCCUGGUUGACUGGCUGAUCCAGGUGCACUCCAGGUUCCAGCUUCUGCAAGAAACAUUGUACAUGACUAUUGCCAUCAUUGACCGCUUCCUGCAGGUGCAGCCGGUUUCCAGACGUAAGCUGCAGCUGGUUGGAGUGACUGCCAUGUUGAUUGCUUCGAAGUAUGAGGAGAUGUAUGCCCCAGAGGUGGGAGACUUCGUCUACAUCACCGACAACGCUUUCACAAAGGCCCAGAUUCGCGAGAUGGAGAUGAUGAUCCUGAGACACCUCAACUUCCAGCUGGGGCGGCCCCUUCCCCUGCACUUCCUCCGGAGGGCCUCAAAGGCUGGCAAUGCGGACGCCGAGAAGCACACGCUGGCCAAGUACUUGAUGGAGCUGACCCUGACCGAUUACGACAUGCUGCACUACAAUCCCUCUGAAAUCGCUGCCGCUGCCCUCUGUCUUUCUCAGCUGGUGCUCGAAGGACACAAAUGGUCUGCAACACAGCAGCACUACACCACAUAUACUGAAGACUGCCUCAAGCCGGUAAUGCAGCACAUGGCCAAGAAUGUGGUCCGUGUCAACGAAGGCCUUACCAAGCACCUCGCUGUGAAGAACAAGUAUGCAGGCAGUCGACUAAUGAAGAUCAGUGUCAUUCCUCAACUGAAGUCUGCAGUCAUCAAGGACCUGGCUGCCCCUCUGCUCUGAGGCCACCUUACAGGCUUGAUUGCUGCACUUUAAAGGAGCUCAUUUCAACAAACUGUGGGGUGGGGGGGACUACUGGGGUUUUAUGUACAUUUUGUGAAAUAUUAUGUGUAUAGAUGUUUUUAAAGAUGUUGGAUUGCUUGUUUCUGACGAGUAGUUUUAUUUGUUCUCUGGUAUUGCCAUGCUUUAAGUGCUCUGGAUGAUUUAUUUUCCCCCUAAUUAAAAAGCCAAUACUUCAUUGACA